AUGCCCGUGCCCGAGAGCUACGAGGCGUAUAAGAACCCCCAUCUCGCUCUCGUCUUUCAUCUAUUCACUCCAUCAACAAUCAUCCACCUUACACCUCCGCCUAUCCCACAACUUGAGCUUCACAUCAUGCGCUUCACAACCUACACCCUCCUCGCCCUCCUCACCCUCACCUCCGCCUUCGCCCUCGCAGCUCGCGACCCCGCAACGGACAAAGCCCCACCCAAGAAGACCAACAAGGCCCCACCCAAGGGUAACAACGGCUCUCCCCACCCGCGCGCUACCAACGCUCCAAGGGCUGAUGAGUAUCCGGGCCUCGCUCGUGUGAUCAAACCUGCGGGGAUGACUAUGGCAGAGUUUCAAGACGCAAUGAGAAAGGUCGCUGACAAUGCCCCAUGUUUUGGGGUGGGGGUUGACAGAUUUGAAGAUCUCUGUCCCCGAUUUUACGGCGAUCAACAAGAAGGCGACUAUCCCAGAUGGGUCCGAACCAGUUUCCAAGCAGAGAAUUUGGGUUCUGUCAAGCGAUAUGACCCUAAUGAUGUCGCUACUGUCAAUUGCGUCUACCAGCCGUCCCAAGCCAAGGUCCUUACGAACAUCGGUAUCGACGUUGCCGAAGCCCUCGGCGGUGACGGGAUCUACACCAUCCUUGCUUGA